GCCUGCGACUGGUUCAACGGCCUCUGCAUGGAGUGGACCGGCCUGUUCUGUCGCGGCCUGGAGGAGCUGAGCAUGCGCAGCUGCUGCGGCCUGGCCGACGACGCCUUCUGGAGCCUGCAGUACCUGUGCAGCCUGCGCCGGCUCGACCUGUUCCGCACCGAGAUCACCGCGGCGCCGCUGGCUGCCUUCAUUCGCAACGCCAGUGGCUUGCAGCACCUCGGACUCGGUCUGUGCGUGCGACUGCGGCGGCUGUGGCACGUCUGCGAGGCUCUGGGAGAGUGCUGUCCGGACCUGCGCUCGCUGGGGCUCUGGAAGCAGGCGGAGCUGACCUGGGCCGAACUGCGCCACGUGCAGCGCUGCCGCCGCCUGGAGGAGCUCGACCUCGGCUGGUGCCGCAGCGUCGUGCAGGAGGCCGAGCUGCCCUUCCUCAGGAACAUCGCGCCCUGCUUCCCGUCGCUGAAGAAGCUGUUUAUGACGUCGCUCAGGCUGAUCCAGGAUGGUGAUCUGCGGUUGCUGGCCGUGCACACGCCCCUCCUGCAGCAGCUGGACAUCCUGGGGGCCAGUCUGGUGCGGCCCGAGGCCGUCGAAAGCCUGCUGUCGCAGUGCAGCGAGCUGCGCCUGCUGGACGUCAGCUUCUGCAGCCAGGUGUCUGAGGCGCAGGUGGCGCUCUGGCGCCGCGCCUACCCCCGCUGCACCAUCCAGCGCUCCUACAAGCCGGCCUAGGCGCCGGCGGCGAGAGGACCGGCGGUGGCACCGCCAGUCGCCGCUGAGACCUGGAAUCGCGGGAGGGGGCCUGGCAGCGCUGUGGGCGACGCUCGCCGCGGUGCGCCGGAGAAGUCACGUGACUCGCUGGGAAUUGCGUGUAGGGAGCCAUUGUGAGGUCAGUGCCGGGCCGCACCGGUGCGUCGUCUACUUGCACCGGAGGAAAGCGCCGGACGACGUUGGCGUGACGUUCACCUGCGCUGUGGACCACACCGCCAUCCGGGCCGGCUGGGUGAGGCGGCCGAGGCCAAACCCGGGCCUCUCCCCUGACGCGUGCGUGUGGGAAUGGUCGCAGACGGGCUCCUGGAGCCGCGCGAUGCGGCCGAGACCAAACCGGGGCCUCUCCCCUGACGCGUGCGUGUGGGGAUGGUCGCAGACGGGCUCCUGGAGCCGAGCGAGGCGGCCGAGGCCAAACCCGGGCCUCUUCCCUGACGCGUGCGUCUGGGGAUGGUCGCAGACGGGCUCCUGGAGCCGAGCGAGGCGGCCGAGGUCAAAUCCAGGCCUCUCCCCUGACGCGUGCGCGUGAGGAGGGCUGCAGACAGGCUCCUGGAGCCGAGCGAGGCGGCCGAGGCCCCACCUGGCCUCGCCCCUGACGCGUGCGUGUGAGGAGGGCCGCAGACAGGCUCCUGGAGCCGAGCGAGACGGUCGAGGCCCCACCCGGGCCUCGUCCCUGACGCGUGCGUGUGAGGAGAACCGCAGACAGGCUCCUGGAGCCGAGCGAGAUGGCCGAGACCCACCCGGGCGUCGCCCCUGACGCGUGCGUGUGAGGAGACAUGCAGCGUGGCGAAUGCAGUACAAACUGGGGCCAGAAGUGUAGCCGGCGCCUCGUGUCCUUGUGUCGGGGCGGAUUUCUCAGGAAUGGACAGCCUGGCGCUGCCGCUCAACUGCACUUUGAUGCUGCGACCGACGCACCCCACGACAGCCGCACUGGGCUGGAACGCCGUCUGGCAACGGCCAGUCACUAUGAUGUUGUCAUGCGUCUC